GGCAGGUUCCAAACACACAUAUUCGCAACCUAUUUCAUCCCGGCCGACUUGUCAUCUACACAGUCAGUGCUAUUUUAUCUACGGAGAACCCAAGUUAUCCCUUCACAUACUCAGCGGCACAUAGAACGGGAAGCACAAAAUACCGCAAACAUGACAGCCCUUCGCAACCUCGCUCACAGCACCUUCGGCGGCUUCGCGCACAGCACCUUGGAUAUGCUUCGAGAAAGAUAUCCUGGACGAAUACCCGAUGCUGUAGAUGUCGAAGUUCGUAAAACAGGGCAGCUUCAUCCAGAGCAUUUUGUGGCCGCAGGGGACUACAUUACAAAGUGGUUUCCAGUGUGGCAAUGGAAAGAUCUUCCGAAGGUUGAAAAAGAGAUCGGAGGAAAGACCGACGUGGAGUUCGAAGAAAAGACCGAGGGGGAGUUCGUAGGAAAGAUCACCGGAUUACCUACUGACCGACAUAUUCUUGUCUGCCGAAAAAUACCUUGCCGGCGUCGACUUGGCGAAUUUGCUGAUGAUGCGACGAUGCAAGAAGAGACAAUGGUUAGGGACGGCGAAGACUUCACAAGGGACGUAAAAAGUGGCAGCCCAGGAGAUGACGGGGGUGGGUGGCUUCGAACCGGAAGUCUCGCAGCAAGUCAAGAGGCGAGGGCCGGAGACGUGAGGACGGUAGACGAAAGUGGCAACAUGGCAGAUAAGGAGCCAGAUGAACCAGAUGAUAUCCCGGAUAUGGAAAUUUUUGAUGAUGACCCGGACGCGCUCAUUCGCGAUUACGGCGGCGACUCUGAUGAAGAGAAGAAGUCAUCACGCUUUUACGACAUAUUCAUAGUAUACUCAGCUGCCUAUCUUACGCCCAGGGUAUACCUGCAAGGUUAUGACUACAAAGGCGCCCCGCUGACUCCUCCCGAACUCAUGCUACAAGAUAUUAUGGGCGACUACACAGACAAGACCGUGACCAUUGAGAAAUUUCCUCAUUAUUCUGGGAACAUUCAAAUGGCAUCGAUACACCCUUGCAAACAUGCCGAACUGAUGAAAACCCUGUUCCUCCGCGCAGAUAAUGCUCUCAAGAUCCGACGAGAGAAGCAACGAAAGGGCCUGGUUUCAGAUGGACCUGCGGACUUGCAGAGCCUCAUAGGCGACGUUGAUAAAUUAAGUCUAGCGCACGACCGAAAGGGCGAACCCAAGGGGAAGGGCGAGGAUGAGUGGGAGGUGGUGGAUACUGAUGAUAGUCCCGACCAGGAGGAGGCUGCGAUUAGCAUCGACCAGUAUCUGGUUGUGUUUUUGAAGUUUCUCGCGUCAGUCACACCGACGAUUGAGUUUGACAAUACGAUGGCCCUUUGAGAGGACGGUGAAGACCCAAAAUAACUCAACCAAGGCGGCAUAUAUUCUGCACCACAGCAGCAGACUUUAUCAUCUGAAAUGUGGUUUCACUAUAAGUCUGAUUUGGGCGAAUCCACAUGACUUAAAUGCCACGGCUUUCAGCCUCAGAAUGAAAAUUAUUGGUAGGGGUGAAGAGACCGUCCGCCAUUUCUGUAUGAAAGGCACCAGCUUGAUUAGGCCCAGCAUAUAGCACUGUUAUGAAAUCAACGCUAAUGAAAACUGUCGUUUGGAAAUACAAC